UCAUCCCUAUUGGUAGACGCUAUACAUUAUUUGUUAUGCCUACCGUUGUUAUUGGAUACAUUAAUCUACACCAACAUUUUACAAAGAAACUGGUGUACAUGUAGUAUUGACUAGACAGUCAUAGAAAUAUAGUGAAUUUAUGAAAACUUAUAAAAUAAAAUGUCAAGGAUAAAACCGCUUUGUGUAACGGAAGGACUCCGGGAUCUUAUGAAAAAUCUUACAAAGGAAAUAUUAAAGAAAAAACCUCUAAAUAUUUAUGAGUUUUCGGCGAAUUAUUUUGAGUCUAUGAUUGAAGAACAAGAAGUAUAUAAUAAGCACCAAAACUUUGAAGCAAUUCUAAAUUAUGAAACUACAAUAAUAAAAAUCAGCACUGUUUCACUACAACCACAAGUUCCUCUUUCUCUUCUUCAUGGUAUAGUUCCGGAAAAGUUAUUUGAGCUUAUAAAAGAGUUCAUCAAAGCUGUUUUACGUACAAAUCCAGACAACAUUUUCGAAUUCGCUGUCCAAUAUUUCAAUCAAUUAAAAGAACAACAUUAUGGGACAAAUUGUUUAGUAGAAUAUGGUUCGUACGAAAAUUACCUUAAAACUACUCAGGAGUUUUCAACCUAUACAGAUGAAAAAUGUACUUGUGGUCGAUUUCUUACUCAAAGGCAGAGGAAGGAAAAAGUUCAAUCCGAUCUUAAUGACCCUAGAAAUUCCAGUGAGAUAAGACAUUUAGAUUUAUCAACAUUCAAUACAAUCAAUAAUCAAGAAUUUAAAACUGUAAAGUUAAUAGGUAAAAAUAAUACUAAAAUUAUUUGCGAGUUAGAUAUGUAUAUGCAGAAAAAGUACAUAUCUGCUAUUGUUAUUAUUCAACGUUUCUUCCGUCAUAUUUUAAGACUGCGAAAACCUGAAACACGUAUUAUAAAAGAAAUAGUUGCUAAAGAGAUAGGCGAGCCAUCCAACACUAAAGUUUCUCUAGGGCUAACCUAUAGAGAUACAUCGAGCUGCAACAAUGAAAACUUCAGAGAUACAAACUUACCAAAGGCAAAUAAAGGCAAUCACAUUUCAUUGGAUGAUUUAACCACAUGUGGAGUGAAAGAUAAAAUUAAUAUUCGAGCAUUGCCAAAGGAUUUGGGUCAAAACGAAGACAUAACCGCAGUUUAUGCGAAUAAAAAAGAUUUUGAACAAACUGAUGAUGUAAAACAAGCUUUCUCUUCUGCACCUAAAAGCGAAACUGAAUGUGAGCCUAUUGAUGGCAUACCUGACAUCUCAAAACUUAGGCCAAACGGAGAAUCAUUCAACAAUUUGUUUUUUAAGGAAAAUGUAAGCCCUAAGUACGAAACAUCGCAUAAUAAUUUGGAUAACAUGGAAGACUUAACCCCACAGUAUGAGAGUAAACAUCAUUCUGGACCAACCGAUAAUGUAAAAGAAGCUUUCACACCUGAUGACGAAACCAAAAAUGAAUGUCAGUCCAUUCUGAGCAUAUCUGAUUUUUCAAAACCAAUAUCACGUGGAAAUUCCCUUAACAAUUUGGCUUUCACGGAAGUAGUAAUAACAGAAUAUGAAAAUCAAAAUAGUUCUCAACCAACUGAUGAUAUCAAAGAAACGGUCGCAUCUGCAAAAAUGGAAAAUCCAAAUCCCUCUAAACCAGGUGACGAUAUCAAAAAAACGCACACAACGAAACAUAAAAGUGAAAGUGAGGUUCUUAAUGAUUUGGACCACACAGAAGACGUAACAUCAGUUUUUAAUCAGACAAAAAAUUCUAAAUCAACUGGUAAUGUAGACAUAGCUUUUAUAUCUCAAAAAAAUUAUAACGAAUAUGAAUCGCUUGAUAAAAUAUCUGAUAUUUCAAGAUCGAUAACUCAAGUGCCUAACAAUCUGGCACAAUCCAUUCAUGACAAUACAAACCAUUCAGAACCAGUUUAUAAUCUGAUAGGGGCUCAUAAAUACGAAGUGCAUGCAGAAGCACCCAACGUUCAAAAUAAGGACAUAGUCAUAGUUUGUGAGAAUUAUAGCGAAUAUGAGCCGCUUGAUAAAGUAUCUGAUAUUUUAAGAUCGACAACUCAUGGAGAAGUGCAUAACAAUUUAGCAACUUCCGUUCAACGGGCUCAUACAUCUGAAGUGCAAACCAUAACGCCCAAAAACUUUUCUCAAAACAAAGACGUAGCCAUAGUUCGUGAGAAUAUAAAAGGAUUUGAAGUAAUCGAUAAUGUAGAUGCUUUCACAUCAGAAACCGAACAUGGAAAUGAAUGUGAGCCUGUUGAUAGCAUAUCGGAAGUUUCACAACCCUUAACACAAAGAAAAUCACGUAUCAAUUUGGCUAAUAUGGAAUGUGUAACCACAGUUUACGAAAAUAAAAAUCAUUCUGAACCAAUUGCUGAUAUAAAAGAAGCUUUGAUAUAUGCAAUCACCGAAGAAAAUGAACUAAAGUCUAUUGAUAGUAUCAGUGAUAUUUCACAAUUCAUGUCUUAUGAAAAAUCCCGCUACAGUUCGGUUAAUAAAGUAGACGUACCCCCACAGUAUCGUUCUGAACCAAUUGAUGAUACAAAAGAAGCUUUCACUUCCGAAGUCAAAACCAUAAACACCAUCGAUGCCACAUCUGAUUUUUCAAAAUCCAUAACAUCACUUAACAAUUUGCCUUAUAAGGAAGUAGUUAUUACAAAACAUGAAAAUCAAAACCAUUCUGAACCAACUGAUGAUAUCAAAGAAUCGACCACAUCUGCAAUGGACCAGGAAAGUGAGAAUGAAGCUUUUAAUGGCGUAACUAAUAUUUCCAAACCAAUAGAACAUGAAGAAUCCCUUAACAAUUUGGCUUCUAAGGAAGUUGUAAUUACAGGAGAUGAAAAUCAAAUCCCUUCUCUACCAUCCGACGAUAUCAAAGAAACCGUCGCAUCUACAUUUAAAGAAAAAUAUGACAGAGAGACCUUUGAUGGAUUAACUGAUAUUUCCAAACCCAUAACCCAUGAAGAAUCGCUUAAUAAUAUGGCUUAUAAGCAAGUGGUACAAACAAAAUUUGAAAAUCAAAGUCACCCUCAACCAGGUGACGAUAUCAAAGAAACGAAAACAUCUACAACGAAACUGGAAAGUGAAGGUGAGUCUUUUAAUGAUUUGGAUCACUCAGAAGGUGUAUCACCAGUACUUAUUCAGUCAAAUAGUUUAGAAUUAACCAGUAAUGUAAAAAGAGCUUUCAUAUCUGAAAUAAAAAAUUAUAACGAAUAUGAAUCACUUGAUAAAAAAUCUAACAUUACAAGAUCGAUAUUUCAUGGAAAAGCGGGUAACAAUUUGGCGACAACCAUUCAUGGCAAAAACAAUUCUGAACCAAUUUAUAAUGUGAAAGGUGCUCAUACAUCUGAAGUGCAAGAUGAAGCGGCCAACAAUUUGACUCAAAAUAAAGACAUAACUAUAGUAAGUAAGAAUAAAAAAGGAUUUGAUUUAAUUACUAAAGUAGAGACUUUCACAUCUGAAGCCGAACACGGAAAUGAAUGUGAGCCUAUUGAGAGCAUACCUGAUAUUUCACAGCCCCUAUCACAGAGAGAAUCGGGUAACAAUUUGGAUAACACAUUAUAUGAAAACAAAAAUCAUUCUGAACCAACUCUUGAUGUAAAAGAAGUUUUCACAUCUGCAAUCAACAACGGAAAUAGACCUAAUUCUGUUAAUAGUAUCUCUAACAUUGCACAACCUAAAUCAUAUGGAAAAUCUCGUAACAAUUUGGUUUUCAAGGAAGACAUAACACCAAUUUAUGCAAAUAAAAAACAUUUUGAAUCAAAUGAUAAUGUAAAAGAAGCUUGCGCAUCUCAAAUUAAAAAUGAUAAAGAGAAUGAGUCGGUUGAUAAUAUUGCCGAUAUUUCAAAAUUUUUUAAUCAUGGAGUAGCGUGUAAAAAUUUGAUUCUCAAAAAAGAAAUAACCACAGUUGAUGACAAUAAAAACCAAUUUGAGCCAACUUGUUAUGUUAGAUGUCAGUCCCCAUUUGAAGUCCAAAAUGAAGCGCCUAACCAUUUCACACAAAGCAAAGACAAAGCUGAAAUUUAUGACGUUGAAAAAGGGUUUGAACCAAUUGAUGUUGUAAAAGAAGCUUUAAUAGGUGCAACUGAAAACAAAAAAGCAUUUGAGCUUAUUGAAAGUAUAUCUAGUAUUUCACAACCCUUAAGAAAUAGAGAAUCUCGUAAUACUUUGGCUAACAAGGAAAUCGUAACCACAGUUCUUUCUGAAUCAGAUGAUGAUGCUAAAAACACUUUCCUUUCUGCAUUGAAAAUCGUGAAUGAAUGUGAGCCUUUUGAUAGCAUACCUGUUAUUUCAAAGCUUGUACCAGAUGGAGAAUCGCCUAACAAUAUGUCUUAUAAAAAGGGAAUAUUUGCAGGAAAUGAAGUUAACAAUUAUUUUGAACCAACUAAUGAUGUCAAAGAAGCGAUCACAUCAGCAAAGAAACUGGAAAAUGAAAGUGAGUCUCUGGACGGCGUAACUAACGUUUUAAACCCCAUAACAAAAGAAGAAUCGGGUUUAAGUUCGGUUCAUACGGAAGACAUAACUACAAUAUUAAAUCGGUCAAAUAAUUCUGAAUCAACUGAUAAUGUAAAUGAUGCUUUCGCAUUCCAAAUAAAAAAUUAUGUGGAUUAUGAGUCAAAUGAAGAAAUAUUUAAUAUUUCAAGAUCGAUAGCUAAUGAGGAAUUGCUUAACAAUGCGGUAACUCCAGUUAAUGACAAUAAGAAACAUUUUGAACGAAUUUAUAAUGCGAAAGAGCCUCAUAUAUUCGAAGAGCAAAAAGAAGCCCCCAACAAUUUGAUGCAAAACAAAGCCAUAAACAAAGUUUAUGAGAAUACAAAAGAUUUAGAACCAAUCAAUGAUGUAAUAGAGGCUUUAACAGGUAAAAACGAAAACAUAAAUAUAUGUGAGUCUAUUGAUAGCAUAUCAGAUCUUUCAAAGCCCGCACUUCAUGGACAAUCACUUAACAAUAUGUCUCAUAAGGAGGGAAUAAUAGCAGGACAUGAAAAUCAAAAUAUUUCUGAACCGACUGUGGAUGUCAAUGGAAGGGUCAAAACUGCAAUGAAGGAGGAAAGUGAAAGUGAGUCUGUUGAAGGCGUAACUGAUAUUUUAAACCUCAUAACACGAGGAAAAUGGGGUUUCAAAUUAGUUCACACGAAAGACAUUACAACAGUAUAUGAAAAUACAAAUCAUUCUGAACCAAUUGAUGACGCAAACGAAGCUUUCACAUCUGCAAUGAAAAACGCAAAUGAAUGUGCUAAUAGCGUAUCUGAGAAUUCGAAACCCGUAUCACAAGAACCGUUCAACAAUGUGUCUUAUAUGCCUGGAGUUGCAGAUGAUAACAAGAAAACGCUGACAUCUUCAAUGAAACAGGAAAGUGAAUGUGAGCCUACUAUUCUCAUAUCUGAUAUUUCAAACCCUAUAGCACAUUUGGUUGAGAAAAAAAACGAAAGCCUAGAUCAAGAGAAUACAAAGCUUUCUGAGCUAAUUGAUUAUGAAAAAGGAACUCUCAGUUUUGCAGUCAAACUCGAAAAUAAAUGUGUACUUGUUGAUGGCUUAUCUGUUAUUCCAAACCCUAAAGCAGAUGAAGAAUCCAUCAAUGAUUUUGUUUACAAAGCAAGCGUUACCCCAAUAGAGGAAACCAAAAGCAAUUCUGAACCACUUGACCUUUUAAAAGAGGACUUUAAAUUUGCAGUAAGAAGCGAAAUAGAACGAGAGCUCUUUAAUGGAGAGAAAUCAUUUGGAUUGGAAACGGUCGUUGCUUUGCAUGAACAAGGUAAAACUAUUUUAUUGGAAAAUGAACACGGCAAAAAUAAUGCACAAGAGCUUUCAACAUUUGUACCUUCUGAAAAGAUGCAGUUUGAAGAUGCAAGAGACAGAAAUUUCUUGCAAAGUUGCAAUGAAUUAAAUUUGCACAACUGCUACGAAUCAACUGAAGCAGGAGUCUCUUUCGAACACUUACUCGAAUUUACACAAGAACUAUCCUCUGAAUCAAUUAAAGAGCAUGAACAAAAUGAAAAUAAUAAGAUUGUCAAUAUGGCUACCAAACUACGUGAAGUAGACGAACUGCUUAAACAAAUGCAACAGCAACAACACUAUAAGAGGGAUUGUUUUGGUUUAGAUAAUGACAAAGAAGAACAAGAGGGAAAUUUUAGAGAACUUGUUAUUUCGUUAAUGGAUAAUCUGCUGGAAAGACAACAAUCUGAUUCGGAAGAUGAAAUGAUUUUAGCUGAUAACGACGAGACUUGUGAAAAUUCAGCAUUAAAUUCUCAAAUUAUUGGCCAAGAGUGUCAAACUGAACAAUUUGACUAUGCAUUAAUUGCAAAGCGUCCUUGUAAAAGCAAUUUUACUUUCGCAUCGGAUAUUCUGGAACCUCCUUUAGAAUGUGAAACAUCUCCUUGUGAUUUAUUACACAUAAAUGUAUGUAAUAAUAUAAAAGACCACAACAGCCUAUAUUUAGACGAAAUUACGUCCGAAAAUAUUAGACUAAAAAUGCUUGCAUCUUCGUUAUCUGAAAGUGAACCACACAUAUUUGAAGUUGGUACGUGGAACCAAACUGAUUCAAAUAAUAGAGGAAGUGAGCUGUUGAGCUUCAACAUAAGCGCAACGUUAACCGAUACAGUAGGCACUUCAAGUGACACUGAGUCAACAAUAAUUUUCGCUGCAGCUAAACCAAGCAGUGAGAAUGAAGUACAUGAAAUCCUACCUGAAAAUCAUAAAAAAAUUCGUAUCAACGCAUGGGAUGGAGCGCAAGCUGCAGCCCGUCGGAUGACCUUCCAAAGAGGGAAUGCUCUGCGAAAUGAUUCGAUACUUGACGAGAGACAGUUUUUUAAUUCAAAAGAUGAGAAUUGGAACCUAUUCAAGCAAAAAUCUGAGUUAUAUUCAAAUGGGAAUUAAAAAAAUCAUCUCGAUGCCAUACGUGAACGGAUAAUGCAAGACAGGCAUGUAACAUACCUUCAGAUAGAGGCAUGCCUAUGCAUUUCUCCCACCAGCAUACAUUCGAUAUUGCUUGAACACCUGGCCGUAAAAAAGGUUUGUUCUCGUUGGAUCCCACACAAUUUGACAAUCGCUCAAAAAAAGGCUCGUGUGGAUCGAUGUAAAGAAAUGCUGAAAAAAUACGAUCGCGGUGCUUCAAAAGACGUUUAUAAGAUCGUCACAGGUGACGAAUCAUGGAUCUAUGCGUAUGAGCCCGAAACAAAACAGCAAUCGAAAAUGUGGGUCUUCCAAGACGAGCCAAGUCCAACGAAAGUUGUUCGUGGAAGAAGCACUUCGAAGCAAAUGGUCGCCUGUUCCUCGGCAAAACUGGUCAUGUGGCGAAUGUUCCGCUUGAGCAACGUAGGACGGUCAAUUCUGAGUGGUACACCACCAUUAGUUUGCCUGAAGUCUUCGGAGAAAUUCGAAAAACGAACAAGAGAAGACGAAUCAUUGUGCAUCAUGACAAUGCGAGCUCUCACACCACGGCUCAAACCAGCGCCUUUUUGACCGGCCAAAACGUCGAAUUGAUGGGUCAUCCGCCGUACAGUCCUGACUUGGUACCCAAUGACUUCUUUUUAUUCCCACACAUCAAGAAAAAAAUGCGUGGUCAACGAUUUUCGUCGCCAGAAGAUGCUGUUGAAGCAUUCAAAAACCAUGUUUUGGAGGUGUCUCAAUCGGAGUGGAAAAAGUGCUUCGAAAAUUGGUUUGAGCGCUUGCAAAAGUGUAUAAAUCUUGAUGGAGAAUAUUUUGAAAAACUAUAAAACCAUUUUCGUUGAUAAAUAUUCCUAUUUUCAUUAUUAGGCCAGAAAUAUAUAUAGCAGCCCUCGUAUGUGCCCUUAUAGGCCCAUCGAUUUUCUCUAACAGUAUAUCAACAAGGUCCCUAUCUACAUUUUCGGGUUUGUAAAUGCCCGGUUAUAAACGGUCAAAUAUGUAUAUUUCAUUUAUAUCUGCCUUACAUUUUUCAUUUUAUCAUUUAAGAUUACUUACUUUGACUGUCCUACAAAAAUUGAAUUCCUCUGCGUAUGUCUUCCUCGGACGAGAUCCUUGUAGAAUUUUGGCUUUGAGAGCUUUCCACGAUGAGUUGUCCUCCAGCUCUCUCGUUCUUUUUCCAGCGGUGCCCAGUAUUUUUUCGUUUGCUGUAAUAUUGCUACAAUGUUGAAUGAGGCCUGGGCCCGAAUCGCGGCACACGUUAACGAACGAAAUUUAUGAAAUUUUUUUGUUUUCGGAUCGUUGUACUCGCUAUCGAAUGCGCACUUUCGAAAUUUGAAAUUUCCUCAUUCGAUAACGUGUUCUCGUUUGUACGAAAGAAUCGAAAUCUCACUCGUUAGCUAUUUGAGAACCGUUAUAGUACAAAUUAAAAAAAAAGUUUGAAUAUAACAGUUAAAAUUAAUCGGAAGUGAAAUAUAAGUUAUUUUUCUUUUAUUGAGUUUAUUUAACAUGUAUUAUAAUUAUAAAUAAUGAUUUAAGGACGAAUAUGCACCAAAAAAAUUUGAUGAGUAAUUUUAUACUACAGCAUCAGAAUUUAGCAAAUAAUAUUUUGCCUAAUUGUGGGCAAGGCAAAGUUGCAUUAAAUAAGCUAUGGGGUACAUUGACGCUAAAACUUAACGCUGCCGGGCCACCGAUGAAAGAUGCUAAAUUUUGA